CUUAGUCAGUAAAGUGCUUUGUUUACAAUUUUAGGAGAGUCGCCCAGUCGGGAUGAGUUGGAAUCCGUUUAACCGACACUCAGCAAAAAAGAAGAGUGUGGUUUCACGAACUACUGAAAGGGAAUUUGGAAGAGAAGUAAAAAGAGUUGAAAGCUUAGAUGAAACUAGCAAGAAAUUAUACAAAGAUACCAAAAGAUGGCUAGAAUCCAACUCAGCCCUGUUGAACAGUGAACACAAAAUAACCCAGGAUCUGUUGACCAGUCCACUAUGUCAGACUGAAGCUCAACUGAAUGCCAUGAUCACAGAUUGGGACAGGGCUAUAGAGAAACAGAAUCUACAUUCCAGGGAACUGAAUAAUGUUGUACAGAAGACUAUGGCAGAACCAGUCAAAAGACUGAAUACCAUAUUUCCAAGUAUACAAGCAGCACUGAAGAAACGAGAACAGAGUUUACAAGAGUACCAGAAAUCCCAGGCUAAAGUAGAGAAACACCAGAACCGAGAAAGAACCGGACAAAAUGUGGUGAAAUUAGAUCUAAGUAGGAAAGCAGUGGAGAGAACCAAGGCCGACUUUGACAGUCAGAAUCAGGCCUUAUCUGAAGAUCUACCCAAGUUUGUGGAUGGAAGAAUUGAAUAUAUUCAACCAUGUUUAGAAUCUCUAAUAAAAUCCCAGGUUUCCUAUAACUCUGAGGCUCUGAAGAUUUAUUCGGAAUUAGCAGACCAGUGGCAAACCACAACAGACUUGGGUGAACUUAAAUCACGCCAGCAACAAACUUUAUCAGAUAUCAAAGCUCUUGCCAUUACUGUGGACUGAGCACAAAGUCCAGCUUGACACUUAACAGUGCAAAAAUUAAUAAGUCAUCUCCAUAGAUGUGACUUCUUCAUCUCCAAGACAAGCAUCAGAAAAUAUAUGCUACAUUAUCUGCAUUCACAGUGAAUAUGGGAAUCAUACCAUGCAAGUGCAACGACCAAGGAUCCAAAUAAGAAAAAGAAGCUACUAGAUACUGUGGUUUCAUCAGUAUUCGUUGAGCACCAAUUUUCUAGGAAUUCGUCAUUGAGCAGAUCCAUGAAAUUUAAUGUUCAUUGAAUUGAGAAAUGUGUUUUUCAUUUGUAAUGACAAUGAUUUCAUCCACGAAAUUACGUAUCCUCAAAAGCAUCUGUUGUACAAAAUCCACGAAAAUUGAUGUCAACAAAAAUUGAUGAAACCACAGUAUAUACAUGUAUUAAUGAAAAUAGUUUAUUCCAGUGCUGUGUAUAUCCACAAAUAGUUUAACUUGCAUUUAAAUGAGAUGAAUGUUUUUAUGUGGGCCUCAGAGAGGUAAUCAGUCAUGUGGACUUCGAUUUUAGUUUAUUUUGCAUUUCAAUGUUGGCAUUUUCAGUUUCAUGAAAUGGGAAAUAUGCAAUAUAUUAGAUGUUACUAAUGUGUAUCUGUGAUAUAAAACGAUUUAACUUAUAAAAUCUGUUGGUUUUUCUUAUAUUUUCAUAAAUGAAGACAAGAUUUCAUACAUAUUACAUAAUGGCAUCAAC